GCGCAAACCAACUUCAGAGUAGUGAUCACUUCCUUUCGCUAGAUCUUUAGUUAAUACCCUCUGAUACCGUUUCUUUGAGACGUGCUCUAUAGCAAUACUUUCGAGUCAUCCAGUCGUUUCUAGGCUCUAGCCAGACACUGACCAAGUACCCGCGUCACAGUUACCGAUGCUCAGCCCAUCCGACUCCGAAACUUCCUUUGUCUUUCUUGAAGGUAGUCCGAAGUCAACUCCGCCUGCAUCUUAUGCACAGCCAGAUCCACAAAUCUUAGACAAGAUCCAUCCCUCUCUUUUGCCUUCAUAUAUACCCGGCUCUACUCGUACAUACGCGCAUGAUUGGUCUCGAGCUGGAACCGGAGGUGGAAUAAAGCCUAACGGACGACACUUUAUCGACUCGUAUGGACGCGUCUGCAGUUUACGAGGCGUCAACGUGUCUGGCUGCAGCAAAGCUCCAAUGAAUCAUGACCACGGUACAUUCCCUGCUGAACACGACGUCGUUACGUUUGUUGGCCGCCCAUUUCCGCUGGAGGAAGCACCUGAGCACUUUGCUCGCCUUCGAAGAUGGGGCUUGACCUUCAUUCGCUUUCUCGUGACUUGGGAAGCUGUUGAACAUGCAGGACUUGGGAUAUACGACAAGGAGUACCUGGCAUACGUUCGCAAGCUUCUUUUGUUGAUGCCCUCGUUCGGCCUAAGUGCGUUUGUUGUCGUUCACCAAGACGUCUGGUCCAGGUACUCUGGUGGUUCGGGUGCGCCAGCAUGGACUCUCGAGGCCGUUGGGUUUGACCUACACGCACUCGAAGAGUCCGGCGCUGCAUGGCUGCUAGGGGUCAAAGGCGGUGGCCAUGUUGAAGCUGAACGUGGUAUUUGGCCUUGCGGAUACCAAAAGCUGGCUGCCGCAACCAUGGCCACUUGCUUCUGGGCUGGUGAUACCUUUGCACCCAAAUUGAAGAUUCUCAUGCCGGGUGGUCAGACAAAACCAGUUCAACAAUACCUGCAAGAUGCAUUCUUGGAUAUGUAUGCUACAGUUGUACAGGCUCUAGAUGGUUUAGACGGAGUCGUUGGAUUUGAGGCUAUGAAUGAGCCCCAUAGAGGAUACAUAGACUUGCCUUCGUUGCAUCAGUUUGACUAUAACACCGAUCUGCAUCUUUCGCAUGUCCCAUCUGCUUUAGAAUCUUUCAUGCUUGGCUCCGGAUACCCCACUCUCGUUGCCCACUGGACGCGCUCGUUCCCCAUGCCUACUCGUCUCACUUCACGGAGUGUCCUGAAUUCUGCCAGUCGGAAGGCCUGGCGCCCUGAUGGUCCGACACAAGGGAUGUGUGUAUGGGAGAUGCAUGGUGUCUGGGGGUGGGACAAGGGCAAGAACGAGGGUGUUGUUCUCCGCGAAAAUUAUUUUGUCAAGGAUCCCGUAACCGGUCGUAAGGUUGAUUGGUAUACCGAUUUCUAUUACCCGUUCCUCAAACGGUGGGCAGAUCGUGCCCGGAAGGCAAUGUCGAACGAUAAAAUGUUCUUUGUAGAACCAAUCCCCAACGAGUUUUGUCCACCAUCAUGGACAGCAGAACACCAGCUUCCAAAUAUGGUGUUUGCCCCACAUUGGUACGACCUGAAUGCACUAUUUAAAAAGGCUUUUGGGGAUUUCACGGUAAAUGUGCAAGGCUUAUCCAAGGGAAUGUUCCCGCUGAAAGCCUUCUAUUGGGGUCAAAAAGGCGCAAGAGAAAAUUUCUCGUUGCAAAUCCAGACUAUCGUGGAUCAUAGCUCCAAAGUACUGGGCGGGAAGCCCAUUCUGAUUGGAGAGUGUGGUAUACCCAUGGACAUGAACCAAAAGGAGGCAUUAGAGAGCGACAACUGGAAAUGGCAGGAGAGGAUGAUGGACGCCAUGAUGACAGGUCUCGAGAGAUCCCUGAUCGGAUUUACGCUGUGGAACUACAACCCUGAUAAUGAUGACAUUCGGGGUGAUGACUGGAACGGGGAAAAUUUCUCGUGGUUUAGUCGGAGGCGUGCAUUACCUCGGUCACUCCUCGAUUUGGACCAGUGGUCGUUCACGCUAGACAACGGCGCCCGCAUCUUGCCGUCUGUCGUCCGACCAUACCCAGCAAAGACAGCUGGCAUACCUACCCGAUUCGAGUACGAAAUGAACACAGGCAUGUUCAUCUUCGAGUGGAGGUCGCCCGAGUCUAAGGACAAUAUCGUUCUUACUGCUCGAGAGACUGAAAUUUUUGUACCGUCCCUCAUCACCCAAGGCAGGAAGCUAGUGGUCUCGGGCCUCAGUGCCGGUGACAAAUACACUUAUGAUAAAGCCCGGCAAACUCUCUUCAUCGUUCCUCAAGACGGGAGUUCCGGCAGGAUGCACAAGAUAGCCGUUUCGGUGGAGCCAUCACUUCGCCCUCAUUUCGACGUCAAUACCUUUUGGGGUGACUUCGGGGAGGCUAUCUUGUCUGGAUUAGUGGUGUUUGUGGGGUUGUUCGCGAUCAUCAAGUACCACUUUUAUAUGUGAUGUCGAGCCCCUGGGAUCAUUCUCUCGACUCGGACCGGCACCAUCCACAUCCUCCUUCAAUCCCAUCGAUAAAUUCUCCAAUUACAAUAUAUUACAAAGGGCGGGCAGAGGUGGGCAGUCGUCAUCGUCCGGUUUAUUGGCAUCUCGCCGCCGGGCAUAGCUGCACGAUGUGAUUAGAUUAUCGGACAUAGUUAUAAACACAAGACGAGUUAUAUAUUGAGCACAACCAAAUUGUUUUGACAUUUCAAAU